AUGACUUCGGAAAUUCCAACGCUGCGAUGGGGAAUUAUUGCGACUGGGCUCAUUUCGUCCUGGUUCGUCGCCGAUUUAUCUCUUGACAGACCCAACAAGAGAGCAAACCACAUCAUCCAGGCAAUAGGUUCUUCUUCCGCCGAGAAGGGCCACGCCUUUGUCAACACGCACCUCCCUGGGAAAUCUCCCACCGUCUAUGGCACCUACGAACAAGUUUACCAGGACCCUGACGUCGACAUCGUCUAUAUCGGAACACCCCAUGCCUUUCACAAACAAAACUGUCUCGACGCUAUUAGGGCGGGAAAGCAUGUAUUGUGUGAGAAGGCAUUUGCCAUCACCAAGGCCGAGGCCAAAGAGGUGCUUGAUGAAGCACAACGAAAAGGGGUGUUCGUUAUGGAAGCCAUGUGGACUCGGUUCUUCCCCUUGGUUCUGAAACUGCAAGACCUUCUUCACGGCGAGAAGGUCAUCGGAGAUGUCCAUCGGGUAUUUUGCGAUUUCGCCAUGCCGAAGGACAUUGCUUCCUUACCGUCUACGUCAAGGCACAAAAACCCUGCUCUAGGCGCAGGAACUCUUCUCGACACUGGCAUCUACAGUCUGACGUGGGCAAUCCUAGGCCUGGAAUCGGGACCCCAAGAUCAACAACCAACCGUCAUCGCGUCGCAGAAUCUUUGCGACGGCAUUGACGUAGCUACUUCGGUUAUCAUGACAUACCCAGAUGGAAGACAAGGUAUAGUCACAUCUUCAAACCUGGCAAGAACAUUGCCAGCAUUCUGUAGAAUUGAGGGAAGCAAGGGAUAUGUCGUCGUCGAGGGUUUUGUUGCAUCCGUACCGUCGCUAUUCACGGUUCACUUGCAGGACCGAGAUCCCAAAAAAUAUGAGUUUGAGAAGCCGGGAAAGGGAUUUUACUGGGAAGCAGACUCGGUGGCUCUAGAUAUUGCAGCCGGAAAGACUCAGAGUGAUGUGAUGCCGUGGAGGGAGACACUGCGCGUGAUGGGCUUGAUGGAUCAGAUUCGGCACCAAGGGGGGGCAAGAUUUCCACAAGAUUUAGAGUAG